GGAUAGCAGAAUAGUUGAGAAGGUAUUCACAGAUUCUCUCCCUCUCUCUUUUCGAAAUUGUCGGUAUAAUAGAAUAUUUUAUUAACUGCUGAUAAUUCACUACAUCUUUUGGAUAUUAAUUUGACUAUAAUAUAUUCUUCAAAAUGGCUGCUUAACAUUAAAAAUAGAGAAGAAAAUAAAAGUUACAAUGAAAAAAAGAGUGAUAAUAAAAUAAAACAACGACGUAGACACACGGAAAAUUAUUUAUUUCGUUGAUAAAGAAUAGAAAAAGAAAAAAAGUAUACAUAAAAUGAAUUUUCUAUUGUUAUCAUUGUGAAAUAUAUUUUUUAUUUACUUGAUAUCAUUAAAAAUAUUCAAUUGUCAAUAAGUGUUUUAUGGUGAAAUUAAAUUAAACAAUUAAUAUACGUUAAUUGUGAAAUGAAAAUUCAUUAUUCAUAAUUUUUUUUUUUGACAUCAGCUGAUGUAUCUGCUGCUGUAAUUUAAAUUAAUAACUUUGAAAUAUAAUUUGGAUAAUAAGAAUAAUAAUUACAGUGAUAAUAAUUGUUUUAUAAUUAAUUUUUUAUUUAAUAUAUUAAUAAAAAUGGCUGAUAAUCCAAUCGGUGAACUUACAACUGAACAAACAGAAAAAGUUUUACAAUUUCAGGAUCUUACUGGAAUUGAAGACUUAUCAAUUUGUCGUGAUGUACUUCAAAGACAUGACUGGAAUCUGGAAAGUGCUGUUCAGGAUCAGCUUAAUUUAGAUGAAGGAAGACCAUCAAUGUUUGCCAUGGAUGCUAGAUCAAGACCACCAACAGUUGUUGAUGAUACAACAACAAGAAUUUACUUCAAUUCAUCUGGAUCUGGUGGAAGUGGUGGUGGUGGAUUUUUAUCAUUUGUUUAUUCCAUGUGUUACAAUUUAGUAACAAGUAUUUUUCAAAUAUUUCUUGCAAUAUUUAGACCAAAUGUUCGUCCAGUUUCUGCUAAUCCAGUAGAAGAUGUGAUGAAUUUUAUUCGUUCCUAUCAAGAUAAAUAUGGUAAUAAUCAUCCUGUAUUUUAUCAGGGUUCAUACAGCCAAGCAUUAUCUGAUGCAAAACAAGAAUUAAGAUUUUUACUUGUUUAUUUACACAAAGAUGAAUCACAAGAUGUUGAUCAAUGGAUCAGAAAUACAUUAGCAAGUGAUGAAGUUAUUCGAUACAUAAAUACAAAUACAUUAUUUUGGGCUUGUAAUACACGUUCUGGUGAAGGUUAUAAAGUAUCAGAAGCAUUAAAAGCUGGUACAUAUCCAUUUUUAUCAUUAAUUGUAUUACGUGAUAAUAAAAUGACAAUUGUUGGAAGAAUGGAAGGUCAACCAUCACCAGCUGAGCUUAUUGCAAGAAUGAAAACAAUUAUUGAAAAUAAUGAAAUAAGUUUAAUUCAAACAAGACAAGAUCGUGCUGAACGUAGUUUAACACAAUCAAUACGACAACAACAAGAUGAAGCAUAUGAAGAAUCAUUACGUGCUGAUCAAGAAAAAGAUCGUAAACGUCAAGAAGAAAAACGUGCACAAGAAGAAAAAGAAGCACUUUUAAAAGCUGAAAUUGAUGCAUAUGAAAUGGAACUUGAACGUAUACGUAUUGAAAAAGAACGUACAAUUGACAUUGUGCCUGUUGAACCAGAAUCAACACAUCCAAAAGCAUGUCAUUUACAAAUUAAACUUGGUGAAAGAACAUUAAAAAGAAGAUUCCUCAUGUCUCAUACAGUCAAAGAUGUUUAUCAUUGGAUAUUCAGCCAACCAGAUUCACCAACUAAAUUUGAGAUAACAACAAGUUAUCCAAGAAGAAUUCUUUAUCCAACAAAUGACAUUGUUGAACUACAAAAAGCUGGCUUAACACAAAGAGAAGUUUUACAUGUUACUGAUUUAGACGAUUAAAUCUACACAAUAAAUUUAUGUAAAAAAUAAAACAUCAUAAUAAUAAUGACAAGAAGCAGAGACAAUUAUUAUUGAAACAAAAAAAUUAUAUGUAUGUAUAUAAAUAUUUCUUUGUAUAUCUACAUGGCAAAGAUUUUUUUGUUAAUUAAACUUUUUUUUUUUUUUUCUUAAAUUCAGCGGUAAAAAAAAUAUUAAGUAUUGUUUAAUUUAAAUAAUUCAAGUACCAAUUUUAAUAUUGCUUCUUUUUUUUGUUUUGACUUUCCCAACGAUUAAAAAAGUUAUUUCAUUUUUACUUGCAUUUUUUUUUUUUUUUUUUUUUUCGUAUAAAAAUUGACAAAAAAGGGUGGACGGUUUUCGUUUUUUUUUAUAGUAUAAAUUCUAUAUAAAUAAAUUAAUAUAAAAUAAUUAAAAUUGAGGUAAAACCUCGUAUUUUGUAUUAAAAACAAAACAGCAGGUUUUUUUGUUUUGUUUAACUUUUUUUUUUUUUUUCUAAUUUAAAAGCGAAAAAUUAAAUUUAUUUCUUAGGCAUUUAAUAAGUAUAAAUAUGUUUAGUUCUUUUUUUUUUUUUUUUCAAUAUCGCAUUUUCUUUUCAAACGAAUUAUAAUAUUGUUCACGAUAAUUUAAUAUUUUGAAUUUAAUUUAAUGAAAGAUUAAAAAAAAAAAUUUACAAAAUUAA